CUCGGAAAUAUAUCGAACAAAAUGGCUGCAUAGUUGAAAGUCGAAACAAGCAUAUUCGCAGAAUUAAUAAAUAAAAUAACUUAGAGAACGCAAAACUAUCAACUGAAAAUCUAGUUAUUGUGAAAAUCCAAGAAAAUUCUAUGCGAAUGUGAAUAAAUAUGAGUGGAACAGUGGUCGUAAUUUCAAUGUGAUUGAAAAUUAAACUUUAGCUGAGCAAGUGUGAGAAAGAAAGAAUGCGAGAAUACCAUAUAUGAGCGUAAAGUUCGAAAACCUAACGAAGCUGUGACCCCCAAAUAAAAUAUUUUCAAAUUGGCAACGCUGUCGCAAAACAAAAUGGCGAUUUUCGACAAAUGACUUGUGAAUGGAAAGCGAAGACGACGUGAAAAUUUUGUGUGCUGCGUUGGAGAAAAAAUUUUUUCAAUACCUGUGAAAAUAAAAUUUUAAUAAAGUGAAUUUUUUUUGCAAAUAUUUUACAAUAUCGUAGCAAAUUAAUAAUUAAUGUCAGCUAUAAGAACAAAUCAUAUGAGGAGCAUAGAAUAUCAUGAGCCAGGAACACAAUGAAUCCUUAAAUAGCAUAGGAUCGGAAGAAAACGACGAUACCCGCGAAGAUGAACACAACAAUGGCUCAGGAAGUGGCAGCGGUAGUUCGUCAGAAUCCGACUCCGAUUCAGACAGUUCAUCGUCAUCAUCUAAUUCAAGUGGUGGAGGACGUUCAUCACCUGAACCACCCGAUCGAGAUGAAGAGGAUGAUAAUGCCCGCGAUGGACAUAACAGUCAACAACAACAACAACACGAUUCUAAUUAUCGUCUUGAACAAGAAGAGAAACAAAAACAAUUUGCAGAAGCUGGACUUCCACCCUCGGCCAUUGAAGCUCAAGAUGACACAAAAACAAAUACAAAUGGCUAUUCAGACGAUAACGACAGCGGCAGUGAGAGCGGCAGCAAUUCUGAUUCUAAUUCAUCGAACGAUGAUGAUGACGAUGAUGAGAAAGCAUCUCAACAGAAUGACGUUAGAGGAAGAGACGACCAGGGCAAUCAUGAUGCAGAACAUAAACAACAAAACACUACCCAUAAUACAACAGGAACAUCGUUUACCUCGGCCACAACCGAUAACAAUACCUCACACACGACAAACGAUGAAGAUGAUUCCAAUGAUUCAAAUGAUUCCGAAGAUUCCAAUAGCGAUAAUGAGGAGACGCAAACAAGCCAGCCCAUGGUUACAGAUGAGACGACGACGCCGCCAACGACAGCGUCUGAAGCAAUAAAGCAACAACACAACAGCGAUGAAAACGAAGAUGAAGCUUCUGAUUCUGCUGAAUCUGCAAAAUCAUCAAAUUCUUCUGCGCAUUCCGCUACAGAGUCCAAUAGCAGCAGCAGCAGCAGCAGUGAGGACACCGAAGAAGACUAUCAACCCAAACGUUCUGCCCGCCAAGCUCGAAAGCCACAACCUGCCGCUGAAAAAUCCAAAAAGCCUUUGAAAAAGAAGAAGAGAAGUCAAAACUGGAAUUCUGACGAGAGUGAUGAAAGCGAUGAGGAAAGUGAAGACUCAGCGCCCCCACCGAGACGUAAGCCUCCAGCAAAACAAAACAAAGCGCAGAAAAGAAAUAAAAAAUCUUCUGCAAGUACAGACGAAAGUGGGGAGGACAGCAAAAGGUUUGGUACUCGUCGAGCUGCUGCCACUGUUAGCUAUAAGGAAGACACAGAUAAGACCGAUUCGGACGAUCUGGUAGAAAUCGAAUACGAUGAAAGUCAAGCAGAAGCGGCGGCUUUGGCAGCCGAAGAAGAUGAAAAAUGUGAGACCAUAGAAAGAAUUUUAUAUAAGCGACAGGGUAAAAAAGGUUGCACUGGCAAUCAAACCACCAUAUAUGCCAUCGAAGAGAGUGGCUGUGAUCCCAAUGAUGGCGUUGACGAAAACGAUUUGGAAAACACUGAAGUACAAUAUCUUAUCAAAUGGAAGGGCUGGUCUUAUAUCCACAACACAUGGGAAUCGGAUGCCACGUUGAAAGAACAAAAAGUCAAGGGCAUGAAAAAGUUGGAUAAUUUCAUCAAGAAAGAGCUGGAGCAGGUAUAUUGGAUGCGUCAUGCCGGUCCCGAAGAUAUCGACUACUACGAAUGCCAAAAGGAACUGCAAAACGAUUUGAUCAAAUCCUACAACAAUGUCGAUCGUAUUAUAGCUCGUAAUGUGAAACCAGAAGGUCCAGUGGAAUAUCUUUGUAAAUGGCAAUCGCUGCCCUACGCAGAGGCUACAUGGGAAGAUGGGGCAUUAGUUAUGCGCAAAUGGAAGCGUUGUGUCGAACAAUUUGAGGAACGUGAAAACUCUAAAUGUACACCAUCACGUCACUGUAAAGUGUUAAAGAAUCGCCCCAAAUUCUACAAGAUCAAAAAUCAGCCAGAAUUUCUCAGCGAAGGCUUGGUGCUUCGUGACUAUCAAAUGGAUGGUCUUAACUGGAUGCUGCAUUCGUGGUGUAAAGAAAAUUCCGUGAUAUUGGCCGAUGAGAUGGGUUUGGGCAAAACCAUUCAAACCAUAUGUUUUUUGUAUUCCUUAUUUAAAGUGCAUCAUCUGUAUGGCCCAUUUUUGUGUGUGGUUCCACUAUCAACAAUGACUGCGUGGCAGCGUGAAUUCGAUCUCUGGGGGCCAGACAUGAAUGUCGUCACAUAUUUGGGUGAUGUCAAGUCACGUGAAAUGAUACGUCAGUACGAGUGGACGUUUGAUGGUUCGAAAAGACUGAAAUUUAAUUGCAUUCUCACAACAUAUGAGAUUGUUUUGAAGGACAAACUGUUCCUGGGUACCUUGCAAUGGGCAGCAUUGCUUGUCGACGAGGCUCAUCGUUUGAAAAAUGAUGAUUCUCUUCUAUAUAAAUCGCUCAAAGAGUUUGAAACCAAUCACAGAUUACUUAUAACGGGAACGCCCCUUCAAAACUCGCUCAAAGAACUUUGGGCGCUUUUGCAUUUUAUUAUGCCCGAAAAAUUUGUCACAUGGGAAGAUUUUGAAUUGGAACAUGGCAAUGCGGCUGAUAAAGGCUACACAAAGUUGCAUCAACAGCUUGAGCCCUACAUAUUGAGGCGUGUGAAAAAAGAUGUUGAAAAAUCGCUACCGGCCAAAGUUGAGCAGAUAUUGCGCGUGGAAAUGACAUCACUACAAAAACAAUACUACAAAUGGAUAUUAACAAAAAAUUUCGAUGCCUUGCGAAAGGGUAAGAAGGGAUCGACGUCCACAUUUUUAAAUAUUGUCAUAGAGCUGAAAAAGUGCUGCAAUCAUGCCGCCCUCAUACGCCCUUCGGAAUUCGAAUUGAUGGGCAUGCCCCAAGAUGAAGCUCUGCAAACGCUUUUAAAGGGUUCGGGAAAACUAGUGCUUUUAGAUAAGUUAUUGUGCCGCCUCAAGGAAACCGGUCAUAGGGUGUUGAUAUUCUCGCAAAUGGUUCGCAUGUUGGAUAUAUUGGCAGAUUAUUUACAAAAACGGCAUUUUUCAUUUCAACGUUUGGAUGGCAGCAUCAAGGGAGAAAUAAGACGGCAGGCUUUGGAUCAUUUCAAUGCCGAAGGCUCACAGGACUUUUGUUUUUUACUCUCAACCAGAGCCGGAGGUUUGGGCAUUAACCUGGCGACGGCAGAUACGGUUAUCAUUUUUGAUUCGGAUUGGAAUCCCCAAAAUGAUUUGCAAGCGCAAGCAAGAGCCCAUCGUAUUGGUCAAAAGAAUCAGGUGAACAUUUAUCGUCUCGUUACCGCCCGCUCGGUGGAGGAACAAAUUGUGGAGAGGGCCAAACAGAAAAUGGUUUUGGACCACUUGGUCAUUCAACGUAUGGACACCACCGGUCGCACCGUCUUGGAUAGAGGCAGCUCAGGGCCUUCCAAUCAUACUCCGUUCAACAAAGAUGAUCUCUCGGCCAUUUUGAAAUUCGGAGCCGAAGAAUUGUUCAAAGACGAACAGGAAAACGAUGAAGAAUUAGUAUGUGAUAUAGAUGAGAUAUUAAGGAGAGCUGAAACUCGCAAUGAGGAUCCCGAGAUGCCGGGAGAUGAUUUACUAUCGGCAUUUAAAGUGGCAAGUAUUGCUGCCUUCGAAGAGGAACCAGAUGCUGCCACCAAGGAGAACGAGGCCAAUAGCCAAGCGGCCGAUGAAGAUGACACUAAGGAUUGGGAUGAUAUUAUUCCGGAAAAUUUUCGUAAGAUCGUUGAAAACGAAGAAAAAUCUAAGGAAAUGGAAGACUUAUAUCUACCGCCCAGAAGGAAAACCACCGCAAAUCAAGGCGAUAAAAAGAGUAAAAAAGGACAAGCCGAUGACAGCAACGAUUCGGACUACGAUGGAGGCUCCGAUGGCAGCAACGAUGCUGAUGGCAAAUCGAAGAGACGCGGCAGACCAGCUAUGAAGGAGAAGAUUGUAGGCUUCAAUGAUGCCGAGUUAAGACGUUUCAUUAGGUCAUACAAGAAAUUUCCUGCACCUCUUGAACGUUUAGAAGCUAUAGCAUGCGAUGCAGAGCUUCAAGAGAAGCCUUUGGCGGAGUUAAAGCGUAUUGGACAGAUGUUGCAUGAUCGUUGUGUUCAAUUUUUAGAGGAACACAAGGAUGAUGUCCCUCCUGCCGCUCCUGCAAAGAAACCUCCAAAUGAUCCUAAUGCUGCUCCCGAGGAUGCCGCUGCAGCAAAGCAAAAGCGUAGUCGUGCCACCUACUCAGUGAAAUUAGGCGGAGUUUCCUUCAAUGCCAAAACCCUACUUUCGUGCGAAGAGGAAUUGAAGCCGCUAAACAGUGUUAUACCUGCCACAAUUAAUGAAAGACUUGCCUGGUCUUUAGACGUAAAGACAAGACCUGCCAAUUUCGAUGUUGAAUGGGGUGUGAUUGAAGACUCAAAGUUGCUAUGUGGAAUUUAUCAGUAUGGAAUUGGCUCGUGGGAACAAAUGAAAAUGGAUCCUAGUCUAAAUCUUACCGAAAAAAUCCUACACAACGAUGAUCGCAAGCCACAGGCGAAGCAUUUGCAAUCAAGAGCCGAGUAUCUUUUAAAAAUUAUAAAGAAGAAUCUUGAAACCAAGAAGAAGGGUGCAGAGACUAAGAAGAGGAAACCCAGAAAGCAAAAAGAACCCAAAACAGCUGCUGCUGUAGGAUCCGCAGCGGCGCAUAGUGCCACACCCGAGCGAAAAUCACGCAAUGUAUCGGAGGGUGAUGAACUUUCUCAAACAGGUGCCGAUAGCACACCGGCACCCACAGAAAAGAAGACGCGUAAGGAACGUAAAGAAAGUUCAACCAAGGCGACGGUGGAUCCCGUAGACGAGGCAGCUUCAAAUGAUGUGGACGCAUCAAACACUUCCGCAACCACUGCAACCGCCAAGAAGAAAAACAAAACAUCGUCCAAAGAGAAAGAUGGAACUCCCAAGUCGUCAGCGAAAUCAAAAAAAUCUGCCACCUCUGAUUCUACAAACAAACCAAUGCAUUUUACGGCGAAUAACGAGCCGAGAGCUUUGGAAGUUCUGGGCGACUUAGAUCCCAACAUUUUCAAUGAGUGCAAAGAAAAGAUGCGACCAGUAAAGAAGGCUCUCAAAGCUUUAGAUCGUCCGGAUACCAGCCUCUCAAGCCAGGAGCAAAUAAAGAACACCCGCGAGAGUCUAAUGGCUAUAGGCAAGCAAAUAGAUGUUUGUCUGGAAGCAUACAGCAAGGAUUCCGAAAAGAAGGAAUGGCGGUCGAAUUUGUGGUACUUUGUUUCAAAGUUUACAGAAUUCGAUGCCAAAAAGCUUUUUAAAAUGUACAAGCAAAUGCUGAAAACGUCCGAAGGAGAGGCUAAACAAAAAUCACCUCCCGUUGCUAAAGCAAAAUCAAAUUCCGCAUCUCCACAGAAACGGCCAAAAGAUGACUCAUUAAACCAAAAUGGCAGUGAUGAGAAAAAUAAGUCUGCAGCUAAAAAGAAGAAAAAAGACAAGGAGAAGGAGAAGGAAAAAGAUGUCGAAAAAGUGAAGGAUAAGACUCGAGAUACUCCAAAAUCGGAUAGGUUUACUAAAAUCGGUAAUGCCAAUAAGCCUCCAGCAGCGGGUGGUGCUGCCAUGCAUAUGAACAAAAAUAAAAGGCCACAGCAAGCUGGAGGUGUUAACAAUUCGCCUAUGAAACGUAAGCGUGAAGACAAUGAAAGCGGUGCAGUUGGUGGCAUUCCCAAUGCUGCGGGUGGAAGUGAUUUGAAGUCGAUGUCAUUCAAACGUCUCAACAUGGAUGAACAGGGAAGAAACCGGGACGAUCGUAAAAAUCGCCAUCGAGAUGAUUAUUAUGGCAGUGGCAACAGUCACGAUGGCUUAAACACAAGUCGGGGUAGCAUAGGAAGUGGCAAUGGCGAUCGUCACAGUUCCAUGAAUUCACCCUCUACCCCCAAUAAUAGAAUGCAUCCCAGUAAUUCACGUUUACUGCCAGGCAACAAUCCAUCACCGUAUGGCGAUAGCAAUAGCGGCGGCGGAGGUGGUGGUGAUCGAUGGGGUCACAACCGGGACAGGUAUGGCGGUGGCAACAACGAUUACAACAAACGGGAACGUUAUGAUGGCUAUAACAAUCGUCCUGGUGGCUAUCAUCGGGAUCAUAAAGAUCGCGAUAGAGACAGACGAUUUGACAAAAGACGAUAUCCUCCCUCGCAUCCGCCACAACACGGUUAUGGAAAUCACUAUAUGGGCCCCAAUUAUUAUAUGCCACCAAAUGGAGGUGUACCGCCUGGUAUGGGAGGAGGGCCACAUGGUGGUUAUAGUGGAGCUGGGCGGGGUGGUGAUCCUCGUUAUAAUCACCCAGCUGAGUGGCCGCGUGAGUAUCCUCCCGAUUCCUACAGACGAGGCGCGGGUGGAGGACCAUCGGGAGCUGUCGGCGGCGGUGGUGGUCAAUCCGGACCGCCCAUCCCUUCGUCGAACAGUGGUGAUCGUCGACCACCACUACCACCAACUUCUCAAACAUAAUACUUACCAAAACAUCAACAAGACUAGACUUUUACAAAGAAAAAAAAAACAAAAA